CCAGUAGCCUAACACCAAAUAUUUCACCCGCUUCCUUCUUCUCCAAAGCAAAUGACGAUUCACCAAACCAAUUUGAGUGCAUCGUCUUGUUCUCUAUACCUUCAUGUGAUUCUACUCUUUUCCAUAUGCCUACUCUGCUUGCAACCCAACUUUACUGCCACUGCUCCAACAAAUGGGACUGAUCGUUUGGCUUUGCUCAAAUUUAAAGAAUCUGUACCUCAUGAUCCAUAUAACAUAUUGAACUCAUGGAAUGACUCUAUGCACUUCUGUAACUGGCUUGGGAUCAAAUGCAGCCGUCGACACCAAAGAGUCACAGUCUUAGACCUACAAGGCUACAAGUUACGUGGAUCUUUAUCACCUUACAUAGGCAACCUCAGCUUUCUUAGGUCCAUUAUCCUCACAAAUAACAGCUUCUAUGGUCAGAUUCCACGAGAAAUUGGUCGUUUGUUCCGACUGCAACAGCUUUAUCUUGACAAUAACACGUUGGAAGGUGAAAUACCAUCCAACUUGUCCAACUGCUCCAAUCUCAUAUUCAUAUAUCUUGGUGUGAAUAAGCUUACUGGAAAAAUUCCAGCAGAGCUAGGCUCUUUAAUGAAGUUGGAACGUCUUAGGCUUCCCAUAAACAAUUUGGCAGGGGGAAUCCCAUCUUCCCUAGGAAAUCUUUCGUUGCUCAAUAAUUUCAAUGUAGAGUACAAUAAUUUGGUGGGAAAUGUUCCAGGUGCCAUUGGCCAAUUAAAACACUUAAGACUUUUCGCAAUUGGGAUCAAUAAAUUGUCAGGUACAAUCCCUUCCUCUCUUUACAAUAUGUCAUCCCUCAAAAUCUUUUCAGCUGCAGUCAACCAACUUAAUGGCACACUUCCAGCCAACAUAGGCCUCAUACUUCCUAACCUCCAAAAUAUUUUCAUAGGUGGAAAUGAGUUCUCUGGGACAAUCCCUACUUCAUUAUGCAAUGCAACUCAACUUGAACUAAUUGAUUUAAGUGGGAAUAAAUUUCUAGGAUCAGUUCCAACUAAUUUGGGCAAUUUGUUGAAUAUUUCCUGGUUAGAUUUGAGUGAUAAUAAUCUAGGAAGGGGCUUCCCUUUCUUGACAUCAUUGACAAACUGUAGUAAACUUACUAUGUUGGAUUUAUCUGCAAAUCAAUUUGGAGGCGUUCUGCCCAAUUCUUUGUCCAACUUGUCAACCCAACUCACAAAAAUCUAUCUUGGAGGCAAUGAAAUAUCUGGAACCAUUCCUGCAUCAUUAGGGAAUUUCAUCAAUUUAUAUGCCUUCGGCUUAGAUGAUAAUCACUUCACAAGCAUCAUUCCCACUAGCUUUGGGAGGUUUCAGAAGAUGCAAGCAUUAUUUUUAAGUGGAAACAAAUUGUUUGGAGAAAUACCAACCAUCAUAGGCAACCUUACUCGGUUGUUCCGACUUGAUUUACAAGAAAACAAAUUAGAAGGAACCAUACCUCUUAGUAUAGUAAAUUGCCAAAAUUUGCAACUCUUGGACAUUUCACAAAAUAACCUCAAUGGAUCCAUACCCCAACAGCUUAUUGGUCCUUCUUCCCUUCCCUUGCUACUCCUCAAUUUAUCUCACAACUCAUUCAGUGGCAAACUCCCAUUUGAAGUAGGUAAUCUGAAAAUUAUUAUUGGACUUGAUGUCUCUAACAAUAACCUGUCUGGUGAAAUUCCUACAUCCAUAGGAAAUUUUUUGAUGUUGGAAAACCUUUACCUACAAGGGAAUUCCUUUGAAGGAGCCAUUUCAUCAUCUAUGGCUUCUUUAAAAGGUCUUCGGCAUCUAGAUCUUUCACAAAAUAACCUAUCAGGACCCAUUCCAGAGGGUUUAAAGAAGCUUCCUCUUUUAGAAAAUUUGAAUCUUUCAUUCAAUAAUUUUGUAGGUGAGGUACCAACGGAAGGAGUUUUCAAAAACACAAGUGCCAUAUCAUUGAUUGGAAAUACAAAACUUUGUGGUGGUAUACCAAAAUUACAGUUGCCCAAAUGCCCUGUAAAAGUCAUGAAACCAAGAAAGUCCAUUAGCUUCAAACUACGAAUUGUUAUUAUUUCCAUCUUUCUACUUUUCUUUUUGUUUUCAUCCUUUCUUGUUCUUUUUUGGGUGAAAAAAUCAAAAAAGAAACCUCCUUCUAUGGUUUCAACAAUAGGCCUCCUUCCAAAUGUUUCGUACAAAGAACUCUAUCAAGUAACUAGUGGAUUUUCUCCAAAUAAUUUAAUUGGAUCUGGCAGUUUUGGCACUGUAUAUAAAGGAGCUCUUGAUCAGGAAGAAAGGUUAGUUGCUAUAAAGGUCCUUAACCUUCAAAAAAAGGGAGCUUCCAAAAGUUUCAUGGCUGAAUGCAAUGCAUUACAAAAUAUCCGUCAUCGGAAUCUUGUUAAGAUAAUAACAUGUUGCUCUAGCAUAGAUUACCGUGGGAAUCAAUUCAAGGCACUAGUAUUUGAAUUCAUGUCAAAUGGAAGCUUAGAUAAUUGGCUGCAUCCAGGGCUAGACAAUGAAAAUCAAUCAAGGAACUUGAGCCUUCUUCAAAGACUAAAUGUUGCAAUUGAUGUGGCUUUUGCAAUAGAAUAUCUUCACAACCAUUCUGUGCAACCAAUCAUUCAUUGUGAUUUAAAGCCAAGCAAUGUUCUUCUUGACAAAGACAUGGUUGCUCAUGUAAGCGAUUUUGGUUUGGCGAGGCUCCUCUCAAUCACUAAUGAUUCUUCUGGAAAGCAAACUAGUACAGUUGGUAUAAAGGGAUCAAUUGGUUAUGCUGCACCAGAGUAUGGCAUGGGUGGGGAGGCAUCAGCAGAGGGGGACAUGUAUAGCUAUGGUAUAUUACUAUUGGAGAUCUUCCUAGGAAAGAGACCCACUGAUGACAUAUUUAAAGAUGGUCUCAAUAUCCACAAUUUUGCUAUGAUGGCACUGCCAGACAAAAUUGUUCAAAUUGUGGAUCCAACCCUUCUACUAAGAGAAGUUGAUGAAGCCCCAUCAAAAAUAGUGGCAACUAGAGAAGAUAAUAAUGACAAUGAAAUUCAAGUAGACAAAGAAGCUCAAGGUAUUUUGAACCUGUGCCAAAUGGAUGCCAAUGUGCAUAAGUGUUUAGUAUCAAUCCUUGAGACUGGACUUGCUUGUUCAAUGGAGUCACCAAAAGACAGAAUGAAGAUGAAGGAAGUUACCAGGGAACUACAUUUGAUCAAAAGUGCUUUUCUUGGUUCUGGUAUCCGCAAAAGUGGAUUUAGGAGAAUCCAAGUUUAAGAGCAUGAAACUAUCAGAAGAGAUCAUUGAAACCUCUUUCAUGUCCCCAUUGAGCAUAUAUAGGCGUGCUAGUUAAAUCUUGAGAUGUUUAUGGAAUGAUUUCCUUAUAUUUUCUUCUUUGGGAUAUGGCAAUCCUACUUUUGUAUGCAUAUUACCACCUAUUGAUGGUACAAGCAUAUUAAACACUUCUAC